UCAUAGCUCUAUAUAAGACUGCAAAAGGGCCCGAAGAUAAGAAGUAGGUCUCAAGACAAGCCUGGUCAUGCAGUGUAAAGUCCUCUUCUAUGUCGGCUUCCUGACUUUCAUAAAGCAUGCGUCUCCGAGUGAAAUAGUGGCCAGUCCAAACACAAAUGCAACCCUGCCCUGCAAUGUGACGUUCCCUCUUUCUGUAACGGGGGACAAAAUAGACAAGUCUCUCAUCAAAGUCAGCUGGAUAAGUAACGGUUCGGACAUCGCCUCAUUCAGUGAAGCGGCGACACAAAUAAAGGAAGGCUUCAGUUGGGACACCAGUGAUUUUGUCAAUGGGGACUUUUCUCUGACCGUCCUCAGAGCCGGUCUCGACCUGCAGGGGUUGUACAAAUGCACCGUCGGCUACAACUUCACAAUGCUGCAAUACCGCAAUGUUACACUUAGCAUCCUCGCUUCCCCGACUCUCUCAAUCCCUCAGCUGUGGGUGGUUUUGGAAACAGAGAGCCAUCUUAAAUGCCAUGCCGAUGGUUUCUACCCUCCUCCUGUCUAUUUCUCCUGGACCAGAGAUGGGCAAGUGAUUCAACCUCCCUACGAUGUUGAAGGUGAACAGAGUCCAGAUGGGUACUACAUGGCUGUGGGCAACCUGACCUUCUACCCUUCCCGUGAGGACCAGAAUGUGACCUUUGGCUGUAAAGUGUCACACAAUGGCAGCUAUCAGGAGCUGGAUUUCCAACUCAAUGUCACUUAUCCCCCUUCUGUCACACUUUCUGCCCUGCCCUCGCGCUCCAACAACAUUCCUCUAACUCUAUACUGUGAUGUGGAGGGUUUUUACCCAGAGGAAGUGUCUGUGUCGUGGCUUCAAAAUGGCACAGUCCUCUCUGAGCCCCCCGCCACGGAGCAGAACCCAGAUGGGACCUACAGAACCAGACGCUAUUAUACUUUAACCCCUGAGCAGAGGGACCAAAGUGGGAAGGUGGAGUGUGCAGUAAACCAACCUGGGGGAUUGUACCCGGUCAGUGGCUCAGCUUACCUGGAGAAAUUGGAUCCACAAGAUGAGCCUCCAGUGUUGACUAAAUCAGCCAAAGCAUCUGUGGCUCUGAUGUGUAUUUCUCUGGUGCUGGUCUUCCUUCUCUGCUUUGGCUUUUCUUGGAGGAGGAGGGAUGAGAAACAAAAGUCUCUGAGUGUGUCAGGGAUCAUCCUCCCCCCACGCGUGAUUGUAGGUCAAAAGGGCAGGGUGACAGUGAGCAUUGAAGGCAGGAGGGUGGACCGAGUCCAGACUGCAUGGUUCCUCAAUGACACCCCAAUCACUGACACUUCCUUCACAGGAACCUCCAAAUCUAACUUUAACUGCCUCUAUAACCCCCUAACCACCAUCCAUCUGCCCUACGGUCUAACUCUCACCUCCCCAGUGUCAGAGAAAGGUCCUCUGCUGUCCUCCAGAGGCGAGAUGGGUUACUACAAGCUGCACACUCAGGGGCCGCUGCACUCAUCUGGAAGUGGCACUCAACAGCUGAUCUCCUCGCUCACCUUCAUCCCCCAGAUUUCCGUCCACAAGGGGGCGGUGUUUAAGUGUCAGGUCUCCUACAUAGGCAAAGAUAAGAUUGUGGAGGAGAGGGUGUCAGAGAAGUUUACAAUUCUGUCUGCUCCAGAAGUUUCAGAAAUUCAGCUGGCAGAGACACAAAAUGACUCUGAAGUAAUUAGCAUGACAGUACGAGCAUCACAUUUCCAUCCGGACGUCAUUACCUUCCGCUGGUUCUGCGAGGGGGGUGAGCUGAGUCCUGUGGCCUCCCAGGCUUCAUCCUCCCCUCGACCCAACUCUGAAGGCUUCUUUUCAGCCUUCAGCCAGUGUAAACUGCCCCAGAGUGAACUGGAAAAGGGAGGCACUAAAGUGUGGGUCAGUGUCCACCACAUCGCCUUGAAGCAACCGGUCACCCGCGAGACCAGAGGGUUCAUCAAGAGGCCGUGCAUGUCUGAAAUCGUCAGCUCCACCUCUGCCACAGAUCAGACCCUGGGAUGUGAAAUCACAGACUUCCACCCUCCGAACAUAUCCGUCACCUGGCUGAAGCUCAGAGAUGGGGAGCAAGAUGACAGAGAGGAAGAAGUGAUAGAGGGAGGAGAGAUGUGGGGCCCCAUUCAGACUCAUCCCAGACUCUACAGGGCCACAGCCAUUCUGAAGAGAAGGGUGACAAAUCCGGAGAAAAAGGAGAGAGGAGGAGGGGUUAUUUGCAGAGUGGAGCAUUGUUCCCUACCCGAGCCUAUUGAGAGACACUGGAGAAAUGUUGACAUUGUUGCUCCCUCCAUUCCUCCCUCGAUCUCAGUGUGCUGGAGCAGCGAAGGGGUUGGUGUGUUCUCUCUCCUGUUGAAGGGAGGUCACCCAAAGGUCACAUUAGUCUGGGCAGCGGGGGGACCCACUCUCUCACCAUUGGUGUCCAGUGAGACAGAGGAGAUCAGUGAUGAUGGACAGAGGGAGCUGAAAAGUGUGUGCGCCCUGGAGAGGUCCACAAGCCUGCCAAGUCAGACGAGCAAACAGCUGGAGAGACCAAAGAAUGGACACGCAAUAAAAACAAGAGCUGCUGUCACAGACCCUGACGCUGAAGGAAUAGAAUACAUUGAUGGGGAGAAUAACAACAUUGACAGGGAUGAGGAAACAAAGUCAGAGGUGGACGAGGACAGUGACAAAGAAAAAGAGGACGACCCAGGCGCGCUGCACAUCAACAGAGUCAGCUUGAGGAGGAGUCCUAGAGAAAAUGAGAGAGCGCCUUUUAGAGUCUGCGUGGAGAUCACACACCCUGCACUCAAGCUUCCUGUUUAUCGAACCUGGACAGAGUCAAAUGAGGAAAUUUCAUCUUCUGCAUGAAAUCCCUGACGCAUGGAAGAGUUCCUCUCUGUUUCAUAUAUCCCAUGUAAUAUAUCUAAUAUAAAUCUCUAUAGUAAAUAUAAAGUAGUAGUCAUGGUUUUUAGGAUAUACAACUGUCUUUACUAUGAUCAACAAAUGUGGUUUUGCUUCCAACAGUUCUGGUCUUUAUUUAUUACUUUAUGUUCUUAAUCAGUUACCCAUUACCUUUUUUUUUCCAACUGCAUGAUUUUUUAUAAAUGUUCAUAUUUUUGUACAAAGAAUUUUACAAUAAUAAUCCAGUUCUGUGGAUUUUUUUUUUUCUUUUCAAAAUCUGCAUUGGACAAUAAAAUCUAAAUCAAUAUUUUUAAUUUUAUGUUUCUUUGGAUGUUUUUUUUUUCUUUUUCUCUGUGAAAACGAGUCAACAGACGAUACUGUGUUUCUGACAUCUGUUGUUGGUCAACUACUGAAGUUAGUAUAAGUUCUCAUUUCAAAACAUAGCCUACUUCUGUUUUUUUUUUCUUUUGCACUCUGACCACAGGAAUGUCACUUCACUGUGCUGAACACAGGAGGUGUUGUGUGGUUGAGCUGAGUAAUAUUAAGAUGUUAACCCUAAACCUGUUUAGAACUUCCACCUCUCAAAUUAUAUAGCAAGUGCAUCUAUCAUGACUGAAAUGCUGAUAACUGGAAACAAAAUGUUGUAAAAUACAGUUUUUAUUUCUUGUAUAUGAAAUUAGGUUUGUGUAUUUUGUAUUGUACAAAAUCCAAGCAACUUUCAUACAUAUUGCACACUAUAUUAAUAUAGUUAUUAUAUAAUAUAUAUUAUAUAUUAUAUUGUCACACACUUACGCCAUAUGUUUUGUACAUUUCAUACUGUAGGCUUCAUGACCAAUAAAAAACAUAUACAACUUUUGUUUGUAUGUAAUAGUGACCAGUGUCAUCUGAAACAGACCAAAUAAAAACUCAGUAAUCAUGAUUCUAUAUUUGAUGUGACUUGGAGGGAUUCAUUAAAUAUCGGAUAAAUAAUCAAUGAAACUGAAACAAAUCUAAAUAGUCACUAACUAGAAUCUCUUCAUGUCAGACCUGUGAGUGAGACUAUGUAACUUUUGCAGUAAGGGGCAGUUGUGGUGUGUGCAAUAAUAGUAAAUAAAAGAUGCCUACAUUACCCACAA